AUGACCUUGAACGCGCGCUCCCCGCACAAUCACCAAGAUACCCGAGCAUCCCCUCCGCACCAUUACAACAUCACACAGCGACCCUCUCAUCAAGCCCUCGACUUUGGAUCGCCAUCUCCACGCGCAGCAGACAGACGUGGUAGCGCUAGCAGCAGCGGCGACGCCAGUGGCAGCGGAUCACCAUCCCAAGACUCCAACUCCAAGGUCACGACUCGAGGAGGAGAAGAGUACGAGCUGAAAAGAGCGUACGAAAGCGGCCCCACUCUGCCAUUCCACCUGAGCAACACUGCAAUGUCUUCGCAGGAUCGCACCAGAUUCGCCGUGCAGGGCGGCUUCGACCCUUACGCAUCCGUCGAGAGGCUUCCAGCUGGCUACUCGCAGGCUGGCGAGGACAAGGUCAGGGAGAAGGGUGCGGGAUCGGGCAUCGGUGCAUACGCUAGGGCAGGACUGGAUCCAGUCUCUGCACCCACCUCGUAUGCUCCCAGCACAAAGGCGCGCUACGCUAGCUUGAUACCCGAAAAGAGACCACCCAAGAGUCCAGUGAGUAGGAGGAGCACAUCUUGACGCAACACUGUCCGGUGGUGGCUGGACGGCCAGCGGCGUUCUUCGGUGCGCACGAUGCCCACUGCUCACCGUCGCUCACGAAAGCUGCUUCCUCCACCAUCGACACUCUUCCUUUGCAGCUCGAACAUGUGUCUUCUCUUGCUCAGUCAGAGACGGCGAUGCUGCUUUUGUAUACCUUUCUGGCCCUCUUGACGCGCCUAUGGGGUAUCGGCAAGGGCCCACAGGUGAUUUGGGACGAAGUGAGUAGAGCGAUAGGCUGGAGAAGCUGUCACAUUCUUGGCGGCUUCGACUUUGCUGACUAAUCUUCUUGCCCUGUCAGGCCCACUUCGGCAAAUUCGGCUCGCAUUAUCUCAAGCGUGAAUUCUACUUUGAUGUACACCCGCCUCUGGGUAAAAUGCUCGUUGGCUUGGCCGGUCUACUGAGCGGCUACAAUGGGCACUUCGAAUUCAAGAGUGGAGAGGCGUACCCGGCCAAUGUCAACUACGUUGGCAUGCGAGUCUUUUUGGCCUUGUUUGGCGUCGCCAUGGUCCCUUUUGCUUGGGCCACCAGUGGCGGUUUGGGCUGGAACUGGCGAGCCAGGCAUGCCCUCACGAUCAUGGUGCUUUUGGGUGCGUAGAGGUACAUUUGCUUUCGAAAGUCUUGAAGCAGCUACGACUAUGGCUGACGCUCAUGUCUUGUGACGCUCAGAUAACGGCUGGCUCGUCAUUUCGCGCUUCAUCCUACUCGACUCUAUGCUGCUGUGCUUCACCUUUUCCACGGUGCAUGGAUUGAUCAUGUUCCACGGCCAUCAACAUCGCCCAUUUUCGCAGAAGUGGUGGUUCUGGCUAGCAUACACGGGAGUCUCAAUUGGGUGCGUGAUGAGCGUCAAAUGGGUAGGACUAUUUGCCAUGGCAUUGGUCGGGCUUUACACAAUCGAAGAUCUGUGGGACAAGUUUGGGGACCUCAAGAUGCCCGUUCGGGCCUACGCCAGGCACUGGUGUGCCAGACUCCUCUGCUUGAUCGUCGUUCCUCUGCUCGUCUACAUGGCUUCUUUCAAGAUGCACUUUCUCAUCCUCAACCACUCAGGCCCUGGAGAUGCUCAAAUGUCGAGCUUGUUCCAAGCUCACCUGAAGGGCAAUGACUUCGCCACUUCGCCUCUCGGUGCGUCUCAUCCUUUGUAGCCUUUUGUAUUAGAGUCGGUUUGGCACGCUGACCCAAAAGAAGUCCUUCUCGCAGAGGUCGCGUAUGGCAGCAAGGUCACUUUCAAGAAUAUGGGGUAUGGUGGCGGCCUGCUUCACUCGCACGUUCAGACCUAUCCCGUCGGAUCACAGCAGCAGCAGGUCACCUGCUACCAUUAUAAGGACAACAACAACGACUUCAUCGUCACACCGACGUGGGACGAGCCAAGGCUACCAGUGGGAGGUGGGAGCGACGACCCUCCUCGCAUGUUCAAGAAUGGCGACACAUUCCGCUUCGUACACGAGGCCACGGGGCGCAAUCUCCACAGUCAUGCCAUUGCCGCUCCGAUCACAAAGGAGAACUACGAAAUCUCUGGCUACGGCAAUGCUACCGUUGGAGAUUGGAACGACCACUGGAUUGUCGAGGUGGUGGACGACCUGGCCACCGGCAAGAAGGUUCAGGGUGGUGAGGUGGUGCGCAGUUUGACGACUCGGAUGAGGUUCCGUCACAAGAAUUUGGGCUGCUACAUGAGAGCCGGUAGCGCGGUCUUGCCCCAGUGGGGAUGGAAGCAGAUCGAAGUUAGCUGCGAUAAGGAGAACAAUCCAAAGGACGAGCAUACGUACUGGAACGUUGAGUCCCACCACAAUGACAAGCUGCCGGCGGGCAGCGCCAGGUUGUACAAGUCCAGAUUCCUGGAUGAUUGGCUGCACCUCAAUGCCGCCAUGUGGCAGUCGAACAAUGCGCUCAUUCCGGAUGCCGACAAAUUCGACAUUCUCAGCUCCAGUCCCUUUGACUGGCUGUAUCAAUACAACGGGCUCAGGAUGAACAGUUGGGCGCCUGAGUCGCGCAAGUACUACCUUCUUGGAAACCCAAUCAUCUGGUGGGGAAGCACCACCUCUCUCGCUGUAUUUGCACUCGUUUUCACCUACUACCUGGGUCGAAUGCAAAGAAGACACGCAGAUCUCUCUGCUGCGGACUGGAACCAAUUCCUCUUUGUCGGAAAGAUUGCGGGACUCGGAUGGGUGCUCCACUUUAUGCCUAGCGCGAUCAUGUCCAGAGUUCUAUGUGUGAGCUUCAAGCAGCUUUGAAGUCCUCCUUUCGAGUCUCAACGAUCGCUGACAGCCCUUUCCCGCAUACCACAACCUGCGCUCGUGUACAGGAGUGUGGUGGAGCCCUCAUGCGGAUCAACUCUACAUUUCCAGGGAUUGCUGACAUUGCCCGAACGCCUGAACCGCAGACCUGCACCACUACUUGCCUACUCUCUACUUUGCCACCAUCAUGCUUGCGCACCUCCUGGACCAUUUCCUGUGGAAUCCAUCCACGGCUCGGUACAAGGGUAAAGGCGGCGUGCGAGCACCGCUCAGCGAAGCCCGAAAGAAUACCGCCUUUGCCGGCUUUGUUGGGCUCAUCUUCGUCGUCUUCUUGAUCUUCAAAGAUACUGCGUAUGGAAGGGAGGGCAAGGCAGAGAACUGGCCGUUGGUCAAAUGGAGGAAGUCGUGGAACGUAAGUGUGGCAGACGGACAUUUUGGCCAACGUUUUGACGCGAAGAUGGCGAGCUCUGAAUCGUUCUUCCUGCUGCGUCCAGAUCCACGAUUGA